UAAAUUAUCAAAUUGUCAAAAUAUAAAUAAUAUAUAUAUAUAUGUUCUGAUGUUAAUUAUUGAUUAGAUGUAUAGUUUUUAAAAAUGAGCCGUCAAAAUAAAGAACUGAUUGUCAAAAAAAUAAUUAGCGCUGGGACUAAGACUGUAGCCUUUAACCCGGGAACAAAAGUUACAUUUCAUUUCAAAACGACCAAGUGCGAUGACAAUGAAACUGUCAUCGAUGACAGCCGAUUGUUGGGACGGCCAAUGGAACUGGUGCUGGGUAAAAAAUUUAAAUUAGAAAUUUGGGAAACUAUUGUACAAAAAAUGGCUUUAAAUGAAGUUAGUAAAUUUAUUGUUGACAAAAGUUUAGUAACUUCAUAUCCAUUUGUAUCAAAAACCCUGAGAGAAGUCGAUAAACCACAGAGUGAAAAAGUUAACAGACAUUGCUGUGGUGUAACGUUACAAAAUGAAGGUGUUGGGUAUAAAGAUUUAAAUGAUUUACUUAAAAAUCCACAAGAUUUAUCAUUCACUAUCGAAUUGCUAAGUGUCAUUAAUUCAGAUGAAUAUGAAAAAGAGUUAUGGCAAAUGACCGAGAGUGAAAAACUUGAUUAUAUUCCAAUGCUACGAGAAAAAGGUAACGAAGAAUUUAGAAAAAAAAAUUAUGACGUCGCAGCUGAGAAAUAUCGAACUGCAAUUGGAAUAUUGGAGCAGCUGAUGUUGAUUGAAAAACCUAAAGAUGAAGAGUGGGUGAAAUUAAAUAAAUUAAAAAACCCAUUGCUACUUAAUUACGCACAAUGUAAAUUAUUAAACAAAGAGUAUUACGCUGUGAUUGAACACUGCACAACUGUCCUAGAGAGUGAACCAGAAAAUGUAAAAGCUCUUUAUCGAAGAGGCAAAGCGCACAUUGGAGCAUGGAAUCAAAUAGAAGCCAGCCGAGAUCUUAGAAGAGCCGCGGAAUUGGAUCCGACUUUAAAGUCUGCAGUAGAAAAAGAAUUACAAGCUCUGACCUCGGCUAUUAAAGAGAAAGAAGAGUCGGAAAAAAAAUUAUUUACAAAUAUAUUUUCUACUUAAUUGUUUUUUUUAUUAACUUAUUAAUUAAUUAUGUAAUUAAAUGUUUAUUUUUCGUUUAUGAAGUCGCAAAUUUAAUUCUGUUAUUUAUUUUAUUUGUAUUAUAAUUUAUUUAAAUUUUU